CCAGUGUAUGGAGUAAAAAAAAAUAAGUUGAUAUAAAAAAUUAAGUUUACACACCAAAAUUUCGAAAAAUAUUAUCAAGCAUAAUUUGGCUAUAGGCCAAGGAUGCUGGUAAUGAGUGAUAAGUGGGAGGGUGUUAUUGAUUACUUAAUUAGGGGGCGUUGCCGGAUGUUAUUGCGCUCCAACCCCCGAGACAAAUGGGAUGCAGUUAAGUAACUUUCGCACCCAAUUCUUAUCACCGCGAACAAUGCGUGGAAUUUUAAGUGGGGCCUAUUAUUGUUUAGAGAUUAAGCUCUCUAAUUGGAGCGAGGUCUACCCCAAUCACCGAGCCUCUCCCCCUUAAUUUGCAUUAAUUGGCCCCGCGGGGAUGGGGUAUUGUUCAGGAUAAUAAGCUCUGUGAUUGGUACGAAGUCUCGGCCUAUCAGAGAGCUCGACCACUAAUUUCUCCUUUGCUGGAGAGUUGCUCUAUAAAAUACCACAAUUUUCUCCAGUUUCUUCAGUCUCACCUAGGACUUGACAAGAAUAUUACGUCACCUUUUGUCAGAUAUUUCAUGACCGUCGCUCCAACCGCUCUUCAUCACCACAACCUUUGUAUAGUACAGAACUUUAGCAAUCGUCUUCUUUACGAUUUCUGCUUCGGGAUAUCACUAUCAGACCUACUUCUUUUUGAAGCGCAUUUCAAAUUUUAUUUUAUCAUGUCGGUUUCUAGCAUUUCUAGCUGCAGCUCAUCUGAUUCUGAUUACGAGCCGCCUGUCGUUCUCGUGCUAGGUCAUAGUUAUAUUAGCCGUCUUAAUGAGUACAUCACGCGCGAUCCCAAGAGGGAUAAUCUCGGCCUGAAGAGAUCUUCCGUUCUCACUUUUAUGCAUGAUGUCGGCCUCGACCAGCCUGGCGUUUUCUCCGCGGCAUCGCAGCUCGAUCUCGUCUGGAAUCUUUCCCCAGACGCAGUGGUGCUCGACCUCGGGUCGAACGACCUGUGCGACGGACGCGCGACUACCGAUUCCACCGUCCUGUCCAUUGUCGAUCUUGCGCUUCGCAUUGCGCGCAUACCCGGCGUCCGCCAUGUGCUCGUCUGUGGUAUCAUCCCGCGUUUGUUUGUGCCGAACUGGAAGCCGAAUUUCAAAGCGAUCGUGCAGGACACCAACCGUCUGCUCGCUAAGUUUCUGGAAGGUGUGCCGAAUGUGCAUUUUUGGCGCCAUCGUUCUUUCGCGCUCAACCACGGCAAGCCUUUUUCGUCUGACGGUUUUCACUUUAAUGACGCUGGAAUGUUGAGGUACUACCGCAGCGUUCGUGGAGCAGUCAUGAAGGCUUAUAAGAUGGAUUGACACAUCAACCAUCGUUUUAUAUAUUGCUUGAAUUCUAAGCGCAAAUGGGUUUUGUGCGCCCUGCCGAGCCAAGAUCUUCUCACUUGUCUUCAGUGUCGAUGGUAUACUGACGCAGCGAAGUUCGCGAUGUAAUAUUAUAGAGGAUGCUAGGGUAUCUGUUUCUUUGAUCUCCGGUUAUCAUCAAGU